AUCGUAGCAUUUAGUUGGGAACCGACAGGAAAUAAAUUUGCGUUAAUUCAUGGCGAAGGCCCGCAGUUUAGCGUCACUUUCUAUGGCAUAAAACCCGGCGGAACUGUCAUUCAAUUAAAAAAAUUUGAAUCGAAACAAUGCAAUCAUCUAUUUUGGUCACCGGCGGGACAGUUCAUAGUAUUAGCUUCUCUAAGGACUAGUAGUUAUGUGUUAGAAUUCAUAGACACUUCCGAUUUCACGAUUACGAGCACAUCAGAGCACUUCCAGAUAACUGAUGUCGAGUGGGAUCCGACCGGCCGUUUCGUUGUAACCGGAGUCAGCAAUUGGGCCCAUAAGGUGGACAACGCGUACUGGUUGUGGUCAUUCCAGGGAAGACUGAUCCGCAAACAUAGUUUAGACCGCUUCUGUCAACUGCUUUGGAGACCCCGACCGCCAACCCUUCUCACCGAAGAGAAGAUAAAGGAAGUCCGCAAAAACCUUAAGAAAUAUAGCGCACAGUUUGACAUCAAAGACCGAAUGGCACUCUCGAAGGUCUCGAAGG